AUAUUAACGCUCAUUCAGGUUUACCACACAUCCUCACCUAUUACACGCCUAUUGUGACAUCAAGAUAGACAUACCUGGCGCUUACCAGUAUCAGGUAGAGUAUCGCUGUGAAGGUCAAAACAAGGUAUCUCAGGCAGGCUACGUGAUUGCAGAACCUCGUAUAAGUUUACCGCAAAAAGAAAAAAGAGAUUCCCUCUUACCACUAGACGGAUUGGUCGUCUUAUCGAUGGUACCUAAAUGGAUGGGUCCAAUCACCGAAUGGGCAAAUCUUUUGGAAACAGUGAACUAUAGUGGAUACAACAUGAUUCAUUUUGUGCCCUUGCAAAAACGUGGUGUGUCAAACUCACCUUAUAGCAUCAGUGAUCAACUUUCUUUUGAUGAUGACGUAUUUGAUGCAAAAGAUCAAAAGAAAUCAAACAAGGAAAGAUUGGCUGUUGUUAAAAAGGCGAUAGGAAAUAUCUACUCUAAGCAUGGUAUUCUUAGUCUUUCUGAUGUCGUCUGGAAUCAUACAAGCAACAGCACUGAAUUUUUAUUGCAUCAUCCGGAAGCUGGUUACAACCUUCAUAACUCACCACAUCUGGUUCCAGCUUAUGAACUUGAUACAGCACUUAUCGAGCUUUCAGGUCAAUUAGAACAACUGGGCUUACCUGUAGACAUUCGCUCAGAACAAGAUGCAGACGUAAUUAUCGAAUAUAUCCGAGAAAACACGAUUAAGCAGUUGAAACUUUAUGAAUACAAAGUCAUUGAUGUAGCCAAACAAGCUGAUGUAAUCCGAAAGGCACUCAAGGAUCGUUCCGAGCAAUCAUCUCAUCCUACUGUUUACCACGAUGUGUAUAGCAUGGACAUUAAAAAACGCAUUGCCUUAUUCGGUCAAGACGUCAUUGUGAAUGGACACUUGGAUACAAGAUUCCACAAGACAGUUCACGUUUCGGCUGCUCUGUCAUUUUUGCUUGCUUUCAACAAGAUCAAGUCUUUGGAUGAGGUAUCUGAUGAUCAGGUCGAUGACUUGGUCGAGUCGUUUAAGAAUUUGCUGAAUGAUUAUAAUUUGCCUCUUUACGAAGAAUACGACGAAGAGUGUAAAGUGGCGUUGGAAAAUAUCAAGGGAAGGCUUUUGUUUACUCGUUUAGCCGAGAACGGCCCAAAGCUGGGACGUAUUUCAAAAAGCAAUCCAUUGAUCGAAAGCUAUUUUACACGAUUGGAAGACCCCAAGGGAAAGCAUCCUAAAGGAAGCAUGAUGCUUGCUAAUAACGGUUGGAUCUGGAACGCAGAUCCACUCAAGGAUUUCGCUGGUCCUGAUUCAUCAGCCUAUUUACGUCGUGAAGUCAUCGUCUGGGGCGAUUGUGUCAAGCUUCGCUAUGGCCAAUCACCUAAAGACAAUCCUUGGCUUUGGCAACAUAUGCGCGAGUACACUGAGCAAGUAGCCAGUAUGUUCCACGGUAUCCGUAUCGACAACUGUCAUUCAACUCCCAUUCAUGUGGCUGAGUAUCUCUUGGACGCUGCACGUAGAGUAAGACCAGACCUGUAUGUCUUGGCAGAACUGUUCACCGGGUCUGCAGAAAGGGAUAACGAUUUUGUUUCGCGACUUGGUAUUCAUGCUCUUAUUCGUGAAGCCAUGCAAGCCUGGGACACUCAUGAACUCUCUCGCUUGGCUCACCGUCAUGGAGGUAAACCUGUCGGAAGUAUGGAUGAGGAUAUGGUGUGGAAGGUAGUUCCUUAUGAAUGUGAUGAAAAAAAGAAGGUGCUGGCUAUUCCUAUUACCAGUGGUAGCAUGCCUCGUGCUCUUUUCAUGGACUGUACACAUGAUAACGAAACUCCUUUCCAAAAGAGAACAGCUGAGGUAUGUUUUUAAGCGUAUUAAUUUUUUUUUUUUUUUUUU